GUCUAUAGGAUCUAUUAUCGGAGGAGUCCCCUCCCUCAAAAAACUUCAAGGGGCCAGUAAUGAUGACUGGAUAGACAGACUUAACCAUGUAUGGACAGUGUUCCUCAUGGCGCUCUUCGCCAUUGUGGUCAGUACCGGUCAGUUUGUGGGCGACCCAAUCCACUGCUGGUGUCCGGCCGAGUUCACGGGUGCCUAUGUUGACUAUGCCAAGAGCUACUGCUGGAUCAAAAACACGUACUACAUCCCGAUGGACACGCCCAUCCCGACUGACCACGAUAACCGAGAGUCGGAGGAGCUCACAUACUACCAGUGGGUGCCUCUCAUUCUCUUGUUCCAGGCAUUCAUGUUCAAAUUCCCCAACAUCCUGUGGCGUUUGUUCAACGGCGGUUCAGGCAUCAACUUGGACAAAAUUGUAGACAUGGCAGAGAAGACUCAGCUGGGUUCCCCAGAGGACAGAGACAAGACCAUUGAUCACAUCUCUAAGUACAUGGACAGAUGGUUGGAAACACACAGAGAGUACCACUGGAACGCUCUGAUCAAGGCGAAGCAGACCCUGUCUCGUGUCUGUUGUUUCUUCUGCAACAAACGUGCUGGCACGUACCUAACAGCCUUCUACCUCUUCAUCAAGGUCGUCUAUGCCGCAAACGUCAUCGCCCAGUUUUUCAUUCUCAACGCUUUCCUGUCCCAAGAUUACAAUUUGUAUGGAUUUGAGGUCCUGAACAUGCUUGGCUCCGGCAGUGAGGAAUGGAAAGAAUCGACUCGGUUCCCUCGUGUCACGCUCUGCGACUUCAAAAUCCGCCAGCUCCAGAACAUCCAGACAUGGACGGUCCAGUGUGUCCUGCCCAUCAACCUGUUCAACGAGAAGAUCUUCAUCGUCAUCUGGUUCUGGCUCGUCCUUGUGGCCACUCUCACCUGCUUGAACUUGGUCAGCUGGCUGUACCGUGUGAUGGUAAAGAGGAACCGCGCCACUUACAUCAAGAAGUACUUGAAGAUCAACAACGAGCUCCACACCGGCUUUGACAAGAAGCUGUGCCAGAAGUUUGCGGACGAGUAUCUGAGGGACGACGGUGUCUUUGUCAUCCGUGUGAUUGCCAAGAACUCCACAGACCUGGUGGCCACAGACCUUGUAGACAAGAUGUGGAAGUUGUACCGCGCUAAGCGCAUGAAGAGGAAUGAUGACGAGCCGCCUGCCAUUGAGCCUACCACUGAACCCAUUGACAAGGAGAAGGAAGCUUUGAAACCAAACUAA